AUGCGGACGACAGUCGCUCAACGAGUGGGCCGGUGGCUGGCAGCGCUGCCCCUCUUGCUCUGGCUCGUUACCGCCAUGGACCUGCACCCGGCGGCGACGACGGACGACUUCGCCACCUUCACGGAGGGCCUCGACAACAUCGUCAGCCUGCCCCGCCUUUCCGACGUCGAGCACUCCAGGCAUGCAGACAUCUUCGUCCCAGAAGCCGCCACACACGAGUCUCACGGACGCAUUACCGACACCGACCAGCGGCCCGCUGCCGCAUUCUUGGUCGAUCUCGACAACCCGUCAUCCAGUCCGUCCGUUAUCGUCACAUCGCUUCCUCGAAGCUACCGUCGGACCUAUCUUGAGCCGCAUCAGGCCGAUGGAGCGGGCCAGGUAGACGCCGACAACCUCUCUCAAUACCGCCCGCGCCGAGUUCGGUCAGGGCGAGAAAAGCCGCGUUUCGUACCUCGUCCGGACGUGUGGCGGUACGGCAACGAGGCCAUGUACGAGCUCGUCCACCGCGAGCUUCUCGCAAGGCUGCAUCACUACCUGGCUCCAAGCUCUCGCACGGCGUCCAUUGGCACCGUCCUGCGCUUCGACCACGCUCCUGCAUCCCCACCCAACGGCAACUUCCACAAGCGCGUCGUGGACUCGGACAUCCCGCUGGACGGCUAUACGGUGGUCUUCAUCCACGAUCGCAUCCGCUCGCGCGCAUACGAGAGAGCCGACAGGUCCGAUGUGCUCGCCUACAGAGCUGUUGCCCUUCCCACCGGAGGUACGGGGGGACUAAAGUACCUGCUCGGCGAAGUCGUCGUCCCCUGGGACCUCACCGCCUUGGACAAGCCCGAGGGUCUCAUCAGUCUGACCGGCCGUCAGCCCCUACCUGUUCUCGACGAGGACAGAGCCUACUAG